AGAUUGGGAAGCGGCAUUUGCUUCGGGAUAAACAAGGUGGAGGCGGGGGGUGGAGCGUUGUUAGCAGGGACAGGUUAGACAGGUUUCUCCCCACAUGAUACCUACUUCUCGUCUGCUUUUGAAAAGCUACAGCAGCGCUAAGAGAGUGUCGAAUACAGCGUUUUGUUUUUUUUUUGGAGGAAAAGGAAAAGAGUUCUCUGCACAUUUCAGCAUUAACCACAAAAAUUCCAAGAUGCCGGAGGAAGGCCAAUAUUAUGGAAAGCAUGGCGAGCCCAGGAAGUAUGAUCCCACGUUCAAGGGCCCGAUCCACAAUAGGGGCUGCACAGAUAUUGUGUGCUGCAUCAUCUUCGUUCUUGCCAUACUGGCUUAUAUUGCAGUGGGAAUACUUGCUUGGUCGCAGGGUGACCCCAGAAAGGUGAUCUAUCCCACAGACAGCAAAGGCCAAUUCUGUGGGCAAGGCGAACUUGAGAGCAAGCCACUGCUGUUUUACUUCAACAUCAUGAAGUGCGCCAGCCCCAUGGUUCUGCUGACGUUCCAGUGUCCAACCACCCAGAUAUGUGUGGAGAAAUGCCCCACGGAAUUCAAGACGUUGACUCUUGUGACGGCUUCGGACUGGCCAAUGUAUAAACCCUUCUGCAAGGAAAGCGCGGAUGUCCAAAAUCUGCUGGCCAAUAAGGUAGAGUUCCUCAAGUCAGGUGUGUGUCCUGGUGUUUUGAUCCCCAGCACGCCUGUCUUUCGUAGAUGCCUCCCAGCUUUGAGCAAAAACAAAGGAGAGAUAAUGGUGGGGGAAGCAACUACUUUUCCCGAUGAAAGCGGAAAACAGAUAAAUGCCAAAGAGCUUGUACCUGCAGUGAAGAAUGUGUCUCUAGCUCUUGAAGCUCGUCAGGUGGUCAUGAAGAUCUUCGAGGAUUACACAAAGUCCUGGUACUGGAUCCUGUUAUGUUUAGUCAUGGCGACGGUUCUCAGUCUGAUCUUCAUCAUCAUCCUACGCUUCCUCGCAGGGAUCAUGGUCUGGGUCAUAAUCGCCUUGGUGAUACUUGUCCUUGGAUACGGUAUCUUUCACUGCUACAUGGAGUAUGCAAGCCUGGAGGGAAAGGCCGGUGCUGAUGUGACCCUUCAGGAGCUCGGCUUGCAGGCGGACUUCACCAUAUACCUUCAGCUCAGACAGACCUGGCUGGUCUUCAUGAUCAUCCUUGCCAUCGUGGAGGUCAUAAUCAUCCUACUGCUCAUCUUCCUCAGGAAAAGGAUCCUAAUUGCCAUAGCACUCAUUAAAGAAGCCAGCAAGGCGAUUGGACAUGUGAUGUGUUCGCUUUUCUACCCACUCUUCACUUUUCUGCUCCUGGCCGUGGUCAUCGCCUACUGGGCAGUGACUGCCGUUUUCCUGUCUACCUCAAAUGAGCCCGUCUACAAAGUAUUCAACAAGACGGACUGCAAGCACUCAACAGAAACAUGCAAUCCAGAUAACUACAGUACAUCUGAGAUGUUGAAGACCUGCCCUGACUCUGAGUGCCUUUUUGCCUACUACGGCGGAGACACUGUUUACCACAAAUACCUGAUCGGUCUGCAGUUCUACAACGUCUUCCUCUUCUUUUGGUGUGCCAACUUUGUCAUAGCGCUGGGACAGAUGACCUUGGCGGGGGCGUUUGCCUCCUACUACUGGGCUUUUGUCAAGCCGGACGACAUGCCUUCCUUGCCGAUCUUUUCGGCCCUCGGGAGAUCUCUCAGGUAUCACACGGGAACUCUGGCUUUUGGCUCUCUGAUCCUUUCAAUUGUCCAGGUCAUCAGGGUUCUGCUGGAGUAUCUGGACCAUAAACUCAAAGGAGCCCAUAAUAAGUGUACCAAGUUCCUCUUGUGUUGUCUGAAGUGCUGCUUCUGGUGCCUGGAGAAGUUCAUUAAGUUCCUCAAUAGAAAUGCGUACAUUAUGGUGGCAAUAUACGGCAAAAACUUCUGCACUUCUGCCAGGGAUGCCUUCUUUCUUCUCAUGAGGAAUAUUAUCAGGGUGGCUGUGUUGAACAAUGUGACAGAUUUUCUCUUGUUUUUGGGAAAACUGCUCGUUGUCGGACUAGUGGGAAUCUUUGCUUUUUUCUUCUUCUCUGGGAGAGUGAAGGCUUUUGAGGAUACGGCACCCCAUCUCCACUAUUACUGGGUAUCCAUACUGACUGUGGUGGUUUGCUCCUACAUCAUUGCCCACGGAUUCUUCAGCGUGUAUUCCAUGUGUGUGGACACACUUUUCCUCUGCUUCUGUGAAGACCUGGAGCGCAAUGACGGUUCAGCCUCGAGGCCUUAUUACAUGUCCCCUACUUUGGCUGAGAUUCUGUUGAAGAACAAGAUUGAGGAUCCACCAGCUUCUCAGGAUGAAGAUGACGGCACUCAGCAGCAACAACAAGCUAAGGAGGAGGAUGAGGAGGAUAAGGAGGAAGAGGAGGACAUAAUCUUAAUAGACGAGACUUCUGUUGACAAAAACACUUCCUCAAAUUAGAAACGUCUCUCAACACGGGGACGUUUUCUUCUACUGUGAUGUUUCAUGACGGUCUUGGCAUUCGGACACAAUUGCAUGGUCUCCCAUUUUGUUGCAUUGUCAAGUGUGUCAGAAAAUACGUUGGAAUUCGGUGUUGGGAAAUGUGACUGUAAUCUAUUAGCCAUGUCAAGUCACAAUGUGCCUAAUUUCCUCCCAUGCCUCCUAUGGAAUGUAAACCAAAUUUGAUCUGUACCAAUAUGAAUACAGUGGAUCCCCUCACAUUGGUGAUUCAGGACUCACGCUCCAAAAUGUUUUGAUUUUGCAGUUUUUCUCAGGGGUGAAAAAAGGCAUUUUUUUUCUCAUCCACCGUUAAGUCGGAAAUUAUUUCCAAGUAUGACUUUGCAAGAUCGGAUAUUGAGAUCGGUUUGCAUCUAAAAUCCAUCCAUCCGUCUGAUGUGCUAAUAAAGUAGCAAAGAGUGGGGCUGACGUCAACGCAGUUUCAAACAUUUCUCAUGAUGGAACAGAACCGGGGAAGUUGAAAAAGACCAACCCCAAAUUCAAAGCUUAAGCUUAAACUGAUAGCGAUUUAACGAUUUAGGUAAGAACGCAGUGCGGAUACCAUGAAGUUUUUUUGGGUGGCUGCUCAGGGUUCAGUGGUAAAACUCUAUGGGGAUCUCCCACACCAUCGACGCCAUGUUGGUUUACAGGACAUUCCGCUGCUCACACUACCCCUUGAAUUAAUUGGUACAACGUCCAAUACCGGCCCCAUAGUUGUUGUAUACCCCAAAUUUUUGCAUGACCAUGGAUGCGAUGAAAACCACCUUGGUUCCGUCAAACAACCAAAACAUGCAAAGCAUGAGAAAUUCAUACAGAAAAGAGGUGGUCCGUGACAGGGCUUAAAUCGGGCUUAAAUGCUUUAUCGGGCACCUCAAGCCUCAUGUGGAUGAAAGUAUACCACAGAAGUGAGUAGGUGUGUUUUCCUUGUUUACCCUGUUGCUGACUAUUUGUGUAAUAUCACUUCAUCUCGGUAUCGGCUGCAAUAUCGGUAUUGGUAGUGAAAAGGUUGUCGGAACACCCCUCUACUAGAGAGCCCACAAUUUGUAUAUGUUUAUGCUUUAAUAGUUUUUUUUUUUUUUUUUUUGGACGGCAGUCCUUGAAUGCACCAUAGUUGUGCUGUGACACAUGCAAACAAUAUAUUCAUUCAUUCAUUCAUUUUCUACCGCUUAUCCUCACGAGGGUCGCGGGGGGUGCUGGAGCCUAUCCCAGCUGUCUUCGGGCAAGAGGCGGGGUACACCCUGGACUGGUGGCCAGCCAAUCACAGGGCACAUAUAGACAAACAACCAUUCACACUCACAUUCAUACCUAUGGACAAUUUGGAGUCACCAAUUAACCUAGCAUGUUUUUGGAAUGUGGGAGGAAACCGGAGUACCCGGAGAAAACCCACGCAUGCACGGGGAGAACAUGCAAACUCCACACAGAGAUAGCCGAGGGUGGAAUUGAACCCUCGUCUCUUAGCUGUGAGGUCUGCGCGCUAACCACUUGCCCGCCGUGCCGCCCCCAAAAAUAUACAUUUAAAAUUUGCUUAAAUCUGGAUUGGGUUGCAGUGGAAAAGAGAAAGGGGGAGGGUUCUGGAGCUGAAUAAUAAUUGUAGUAAUUUUUUAUUGCAAAUGCUGAUCAGAAAGCACUGGUCUUGAGUUGAAACCGCUGCGAAAAUGGAGUGGGGGGGAUCUACUGUAUAAAUAACCUUGUUGCACCUUCAAUUGCCUUACAAUGCUUGUUUUUACUGUAAAUCAACCGUUUGAUGGCAACACCUCCAACCUUUGAAGAACACAUUUCUCAAUGUACUUGCUCUAAUAAAGCAUCAGGAAAAUGUAUCUGUUAAUUGCACCAUGGUUUAUUUUGAUGAUAGUCUGACAUCUGCACAUCUUCCAAACAAUAAUCAAGACAUGUG